AUGCUGUCAAGAAAGUCUAGUGGGGCGAACCCGGAAACCCUGAUUAAAAUAGGCAACGCUCUGAUCCGGAGCCGCAUGGAGUAUGGGGCUUCAGUCUAUGGAAAUGCAGCACCUACAAACCUCAACAAACUACGGGUGGUUCAGAACGCCUAUAUUCGCAAGGCGAUGAACCUUCUCCCCAGUACCCCAAUACAUGCCAUGCUGGCUGAAUCAGGGCAACUUCCCAUGGAACAAAGAAUCGAGACACUCACUAAAAGAGAACUCAUAAGAACUAUGUGGUACAGGUCACCCCUGUUAAAAUUUGUCAGCGAAACCUUGAACAGAGAGAUGGGGAACGAGUCACAUCUCACGGAGACGGCGGACAAACAUGCUGAUCUUCUGUACCAAAUACAGCCAUCAGAUCGAGAGGUGCCGUUCCUCAUGCGAAUGCGGUACUUUACGACAGUGGAAUUCGACAACAUUGUGAAAACUACACUGUCAAAUGAUCAGCCGAAGAAGGACAACGCAAACCCAACUAUCUGGCGAGCACUAUUCCGAAAUGCAAUGGAAACCACCUACAAACAACACCACAAGGUAUACACUGAUGCCUCCAAAACUCCAUCGGGAACAGCCUUCGCAGUUUACGACGAAACCGAUUCCAGCGUAAUCCACGAGGGAAUCAACAACAACUUCACCAUCACGAACGCUGAACUGCUCGGCAUCCUGAAGGCGGUGGAGCUGAUCAAGAGCAAGGGGUACAUAAAAUCAGUGAUCCUCACCGACUCAAGGAGUGCCUGUGACAUGCUGCUCAACGAAAAAUGCUUCGAGGAAAACUACCUCCAGGCCGAAAUCUACAAAGAACUGUGCGGAGUCAGGGCGAGCUCCAUCCAAAUACAGUGGAUUCCAAGCCAUAUGGGCAUCGCCGGGAACGAGAGAGCAGACCAGGAAGCUGUCAGUAAAACAAAUGAACCCCAGUCCUUUUUCAACGGAAUCACUAUGAGCGACGCUUUGAUCCUAAGCAGCCGCGAAGUGUGGGACAACUGGACAACCAAGUACCAAGAACAAUCGAGCGAAAAAGGGAAAUGGCAUUACAAAAUACAACAGCGACCAAACAAGAAGAUAUGGAGCAAAGAUCUGGUGCUCAACCCAGAUGAAAUCAAGGUCCUCAAUAGAAUCAGAUCCGGACACUGUCUGACCAAAGACCGGAAGCACCAGUGGGGGUGGGAGGACACCGACCAGUGUGAAUGGUGCGAAACAACCGAGGAUUUGCGACACAUACUAUACGAUUGCCCAAGAUACAACCAGAGCAGAGCUGACUACCCAGUGUUAGAGUACAUGAAACCACUAGAAGACAUCUUACAAGAAAAGUGCGAAGAAGAACUGAAGCAAGUAGUGCGGUUCCUGAAAAGGAACCACCUCCACAUCUAAAGAAUGCGACCACCAAACAUUAAACAACCGGAAGGAAAAACGACCCGUUCAAACACAAAACAACGGUGGCAAGAUGGACCAACCAGUGGUCUUAGCCAGUCGUCAAGACAAGUUCAAAGAAAAAAAAAAAUAUUAAAGUAUCGGUAAUAAAGUGUAUACAAAUAAUGAAUACAGUUGUUGAAUAAUCAUUACAGAGAAAGAUUCUCACAUUGGCGACGAGAACGGUGAACAGUGCAUGUGAAAUUAGUUUAAUUUCGGUUCGGGAAGUGUUGUCUGGAAAAAGAAAGAGAUGAGUGGUGUGUGUGUGUGGUGCAUGCAGAGUGGUGAUGACCUCCAGGUGAUGACUUGUGAUUGAAUUUCAACAUUGGAAUCAAAAAGGUACAACCACAAGUAACGGCCAAGUAAUUUACCAAAAUGCCGAGCAGAGAUGGAUGACCAAAUGGAUGACUGUACUUCUAAUUUUGAUGUGAGACUGAAGCGAGACGUUUAUAAACUGAGGAGACUAUAAGCGAAACAACGUGGAGUGACCUUGCUGCGGAUCUGGAGAAAAAACGAGAUGUGGUACCUUGUGGUAUGCACAUAAUAAAUUAUUGUAUUACUCUAUUACGUUUAGCGUGUAUGUUUACAUUGAGUAUCUGUCAUAUGUGGAGAUGUUGUUAUUGUUGUCUAGAGUGUGAAUCAUUGUAUGUUAUAUUGAAGUAUCGGUAAUAAAGUGUAUACAAAUAAUGAA